AGUGUUAGAGUGGCCGGUGAUAGAAGAAUACGGACUUGAAGAUGUCAGCAGUCCAGAAAUACACGAUAGCGGACGUGGCGAGCCGCAACGGACGAGGCGGAGCACCCGUCUGGCUGAUAUACAAGGACUCCGUAUACGACGUCACUUCCUACAUUCCUGAGCAUCCCGGUGGCGACGUGAUCUUAGAAGAGGCCGGCAAAGACUCUACGAAAGCGUUCGAUGAAGUGGACCACAGCUCCGACGCCGUCACAGUAUUAAAGAAAUAUAAAAUAGGUGAAAUCGUUGAGGAAGAAAAGAAAUACGAUGCGAAUGGCAAAAAGAAGAAGCGCGUGGUAGCGGCCGCGCCUGAGAAUAAUGGUAACAGGAGUUGUAUGAAUAAGAUCACCUGCGGGCUGCUGGGCUGACAACCGUCCACAUUAAGUAUCAUAAAAGCAGCAAACUGUAAAAUUAUCUAGUCCGGCUGCUGAGAAAAAGCACCUUCCUCUGCUGACGUCUGUCAGUUGAUCAUUGCCAGUGGUAUAAAAUAAACAGUUAAUUAAUAUUAUAAUAAUUAU